CAAAAAAGAAGAAGAAAAAUUCAAAAGAAGCACUUGCCAGAUCAUUGAGUCCUCAUGACAAGUGGUCUAACCUAGGUCAAGCUUCUAAGAAAGUAGGAGUAUGAUGAGCCUGAAUGAGUAGGAAGAACGUGAAACCCAGGUCUAAGACUUGCUCAGUCCUGGCCCUUAUUCAGUGGUCAAACCAGGUUCUAAGGGGAAUUGGGAGGAGGGUGGUCAAUGAGGGCCUUUUAUUAGAGAAGUAAUCACACUGGGGGAAGGGGGUAGCUGCUACAUUUUCCCUACUCCAUAUGUCUCAUCAUUUUGCUCUUAAGCUGGUUCAUGUGUUUGCAUACUUAAAAUUUUUUUAAAGACUACCCACCCUUCUUUUGAGAAUGAACUAAGCAAACUGAGAGGAAGCUACUGUUGCCCCUCCACAAACACACCAAGUAGACUAUUGCCUGAUGCCACAGCCCUGCGCCUGUCUCUAACAUAUCCACAUAAAGAAUCACCUCAGAAAGCUGCAAGAAUCAUGCCUGGGCUUGGAGGGCGAGGGCUUGGGCCAGCGGAACUUUAAAAACCCGGCUGAGGCAGAAUGGAGUCGGACUGGAAAACGGACUUUCCAGACCGCACCAGGUUUAAGACUUCCGCCUCACGGAGGACCUGCCGCCACCUUCACCUUCCACAUCCGCCCAGCUUAGUUCUGCGCAGUCGCCAGGAAUUGUUUGCCGUCUCUAUGGCAACCCGGUAGCUGGGGUCUGAAGAUGGAGACCGAGCCUACUGAAGGAUCGCCCUGGCGAUCUGCAGACGUACCGCCCAGCUCUGAAGGUCGGGGGCCCACUUUGGAACCGUUUGCUUCUUCAGAUGGCGGUUCUGAGUCUGCUUUGGCAACUGCAACCACAGCAGCUGCAGCGGCUACAUCAGCUGCUGAAGCCACUGCAGCCGUCGACACUGCCAAAGCAGGAGCAUUAUCUACAUGGGUCCCAGCGCCCUAUUCUGAGCUCACAGAGGGCUCCUCUGAUACCAGUCUCGCUGGGGAACCACGCUGGGGACCCAACUUUACCCACAAAAUAGGCCAUGGGAGUAUUCGUUUUGAACCCAACUAUGUUUCCAGUAUUAUGGAGGAUCCCUAUACUACAGCUGACCUUAAUUCUACCUCUAGCCUUGUUCCAGGCUCCAGCUCUAGCCCUGUUCCAGGCUCCAGCUCUGAUGCUGGCUGUGGCUCUGUUCCUGACUCUGGCUUUGGUGCUGGUCCUGGCCCUGCCUCUGGGCCUGGUCCAGGCCCUGGCCCUGAGCUCAGCCCCUGCACUCCUUCAAGGUUUGGAAAUCUCACCGCUGAUUAUACCUGCUUGAGUCACAGCUGCCAGAAACAACAACCCUGGGAAUUUUUGCAAGUCUCAGAACCUGGUGCCCGAGGGCUAUGGAAACCCUGGGAGGUUAAAGGGAAACCUAAGGUUUUCUGUGAAAUGUUGCCACGGGGCCAGUGUCUCCUCCACAACUGGGAGGAAGAGAGAGCCACCAACCACCUGGAUCAAGUCCCAAGCAUGCAGGAUGGCUCUGAGAGUUAUUUCUUCCGACACGGACACCAGGGACUGCUAACCAUGCAACUACCAUCACCCAUGCCCUCCAGCACCACCCAGAAAGACUCAUACCAGCCACCGGGAAAGCCUUAUCAGCCACUUAGAGGGAAGCGUGAAGCCGUACUGGAGAUGCUCCUGUACCACCAGAUCUGUAAAGAGGUAGAGGCAGAACAAGAACCCAAAAAGAAGCUCUUUGAGGUUGAGUCUGUGACACACCAUGACUACCGAAAGGAGCUGGUGCAAGCUGGGCCUCCUGCCCCAACAAAGCCUCACGACUACCGUUGCGAGCAGCCUGAAACCUUCUGGAUACAGAGGGCACCGCAGCUACUGGGUGUCAGUAACAUCAGGACAUUGGACACACCAUUCCGGAAGAACUGCAGCUUCUCAACACCAGUGCCCUUGUCUCUGGGGCAGCCUUUGCCCUAUGAACCUGAGGAUUACCUUCAGCAAUUGGGAGAAGUAUCUUCCCUUGCCUGUCAGGGAAGAGGGGAGGGUGGUGGAGCAGGGAGAACGACUCCUGUCUAAGGGUUGAGGAGGAAAGUGGAAUAUAGCAUAUGGAAUCUAUUUCUGUCUGUUCCAGAGAGGUUGGGAGGAAGUUCAUUCUCUCUGUACUUGAUGAAGGGGCUUUACAUAAAGGGUUCUCUCUCAUCC